CCACAGUUUUUUUUAGAAAUGGCUCUUCACAAUCAGGAACCUCAUCUCCCAUAAUUCUAAGCGCGCUAAGGUUAAAUAAUCGAAUGCAGAGAGACUGCUGCAGCGCUACCGUUAGCCCGCUAAUGAUGAGUAGCAAGCAGAGAAAAUGAUGCGCACAGCGUCGUAAAAGUAUGCAGUUUCUUUGAGUAAUCUGUUUAGGAAAAUGAGCUAAAUAUUUUGCUUCAAUACCAUCACGUUUUCUCGCGCAUUCCCUCUUUACUACAUCGGUAUCCGAGCGGGUUUAGCGAGCCGGUUGAUUUGAGAGCGACGAGGCUCCUCUGUCCGCCGCCGCUGUGGGGUUCUGGACAAAGCCAGUCAGAUGUUGGAGGAUACGAAAUGCAAUCAAAACUGCUGCUUUUAUAACGAGUUUUGAAGUGAAAAUAUUGAGUUGAGCAUCAUCCGCUAAGGUGACUUCGAUAAGAAGAGGAACGCGUGUUUUAGGAGGGCGAGAGUUUGGAUCUCGCACCGAGGGAAGGAGGUGGAAAGACCCGCGGGGAAGAAGGAACGUUUGGGGCUCAUCUGAUGCCAGUGAUGGCAAACGAGCCGAUCAUCCUGAACGUCUAUGAUAUGUACUGGAUCAAUGAGUUCACCAGCUCUCUCGGCAUCGGAGUCUUCCACUCAGGGAUCGAGGUUUAUGGAAGAGAGUUUGCUUAUGGAGGACACCCGUAUCCAUUCUCAGGGAUCUUUGAGAUUUCACCAGGGGACGCAACUGAACUUGGUGAGACGUUCAAGUUUAAGGAAGCCAUAGUGUUGGGCAGCACGGACUUCACAGAAGAGGAUGCGGAGCGAAUCGUAGAAGAGAUGGGGAAGGAGUACAAGGGCAACGCCUACCACCUCAUGCACAAGAACUGCAACCACUUCUCCUCAGCACUAUCAGAGAUCCUGUGUGGCAGGGAGAUCCCCCGUUGGGUCAACCGCCUGGCCUACUUCAGCUCCUGUGUGCCAUUCCUCCAGAGCUGCCUGCCCAAAGAGUGGCUGACCCCGGCUGCCUUACAGUCCAGUGUGAGCCAGGAGCUCCACGGAGCAGGCUCAGAGCUGGAGGAGGCGGAGGAUGCUGCAGCCACAGCCUCCAUGGCCUCCGUGUCACCCUGCUCGCCGUCUUCCUCCUCCAGCCCCUCCUCCUCUUUGCCUAGACAUAAUCGCCCACAACCACGCAGGUAGAGCCAGCCAGGACAACCUGGAACUUAACUUGUGGUUAAAGAGACGGUCGCACACAGGAGAAUCUGCAGCAGCGGAUUCAUUCAGCUACGGUCUCAAGCCCCGUCAGACCGCAGAGUCAGGAUCUGGACUGCUACUCGGUCUGAGUGGAAACGUCAGACAAAUGUCAGCAGAGGUUCAGAGCUGUCAGAGUUGUUCCUUGGGAAUAAAAAGCAGAAAAGUUUAUUUUCUAAGAUCUUUAAAUAAGUUUUCACGUGUCUUGUUUAGUCGACCUGCCACAAGCAGAUUUCAUCCACUCUUAAAGUGGUGUCAGCUUCUCACCCUAUUAGAAUAAAACAUGUAUCUGAUUGGUUUGAUGCUAAAAGCUUUAUAAUUACAGAGACCAUUCAUUUUCACUUUUACCAGUGAACAAUCAAAGUUUCAUCAGACAGGUGUUUGUUAAAAUAAGGGAAUGCAAAUAUUUACUGGGAGAACUCGGCGUGCCUCGACAACACCUGGAGGCUUCUGAAAGCACGACGUCCCUUAUCCCGAAAGUUCCCUUGACUUUCUGAAUCAGUAAUUCAGUUUUGACAGUUUCAUCAGAAAGUGUGAUCAGAUUAGACCAGAACUACAAUCAGGCUGAUCCAGGACCAGCGUCCACUGAUCUGGGGAUCAAACCCACAGCAGGAAAACAGAUCUCUGAACCCUCUGAGUGAGGUUGUUUAGCAGGCAGUGGAUUUGAGAAGAGACUAUAUACAUCAGUAGCAGCUGCCAUGGUGCCUUUGAGCCAGGUACUUUCUUACACAACCUGUAAAAGACUAGUUUUAGUUUUUAUAAUGCAAACCUAAAUGAAAAGCUCCUCUUUAACUGACCUGAAAUCAGCACAUUUUCCCUGUUAGGACACACACGUUUAGGGAGCAUCAAAACCGUUUUAAGGAUUAUUUUCUAUAGUUGUGAUUGAUUUUAUGUUGGAAGAAUGACUUGAAGGUGUUGUUUAUUCAGAUGAAUCUUUUCUUAUAAGUCCAAUCUGACUUUUUUCCCCAAACUCAUCGGAAGCUCCACACGUUGCAGAACGGGUUCCCUUUAAAACCAAGAGCUGCUGAUGGGUUUAAAAUGUUUUUAUAUGAAAUCUCGUCGUGUUUCUACACUAUUAAGAAUCACGUUUGGUCCAUUUUGAUUAAAUUUGAUAAACUCAGGACUUGUGAGUGAAUCAUUUUCAACUUUUUCCCCACAUUUUGCAUUUGUGCCGUUGCUCUUUUCGAUGCAGUAGCUACUAAUGCUGUUUUGUACUUUAAAAAAAAAUCUUGUCUAUUUUCUUUUCAUUUUUCUAAUGUGUGAGAAUGACUUUGAAUGUUCUUGGGUCAGAUUUCCCUCGCAUGCAUCUUCUUCAUAAAUACUUUAUACCAUUUGAUUUGUUUGAUAAAUAGAUCCAUCAAUCCACCUUCGUUUCAUUAAAGUUCAUAUUUUAGUAACAUUUAUUUAACACAGGCAUUUAUUAUUUGUGUUACUUUUGUGUUUUAAACAGAAUCAGUGUUCCGGAGGCAUGUCUCAUGAAACCAGCACCAGACUUGAGUGAGGAUUUAAUGUCAAAACCCUUUUCGGUUUGUUUUUAUGUACCACACUCGCACCCUCUACUGGGCGUGAAUUGUACUGUUACUGAGGUUUUCCGACAGCUUUUCCAACUUUUUUUUUCUAAUCCAAAAGCUAAAAUUUAAAAUCGGAUUGUUUUUCUUUAACUUAUUUAAAAUCCCAUUUAGAAUAUUUCCAGGACCAAAGAGAGUUUCAUCUUCAUGAAUAUUAAUUUUAUUGAUCCUGUUAAUUUACCUUUUGCCUUAUUGUUUAAUAUUUUAGUUGUAAAUAUUAUAAAGUAUAAAUCUUAUGACAUUUUCAUACAUUUUAAGUGCACAUCAGGAAACCUCAGUUCAUUUAGACCAGGGGUGUCAAAUAUGCGGCCCGAGCGCCGGAUCCGGCCCGCAAGCAGGUUAAAUCCGGCCCGCGAGAUGGUUGUGUAAACUUUAUUUUCAUACUUUACAAUGUAGAGUGAAAAUAAACGUAUCUUUGUGAGCAAGUUUUCUCUGUAAUGAGUAUAAAUAAAACAAAGCUGCACUCAAGGCUCACACAAGAACUUGAAUCCCAUCCUGAAGUUGGCCGCCACUCAGGAUGUGACUUCUGAUAUUGAUGUGCUGGUGAAAGCUAAAAGAUGUAAAGUAAAAUGAGUCAAAUAUACUUUAAGUGCUGCAUGAAACUGAUCUAGUCAUGUGAUCUGUAAGCUCUUUGAAUCACUAAGGAAUGUUUUUUUUAUUUGUUGAUUUUUUUUUUCAAAUUUUCAAGUACACUUCAGGUGUUGUACUUGUACUACACUGUCCUCAGGCUCCAGCCUUGUUUUAUAUUGAUUGUAUUAAAACAAAGAAAACAAUCUGAAGUUUUUUUUAAUUUACUGGUCCGGCCCACUUGGGACUAGAUUUCCCUCAAUGUGGCCCCUGAGCUAAAAUGAGUUUGACACCCCUGAUUUAGACCCUCAGAAACACUGAGUUCAGCAACCAAACAACUGUAUUCUGUUGGUUUAUUAAAAGAAUAGAAAAACA